UCAUUGAAGGUGGGGUUCCGUGACAGUGUUUAUAUGUGGCGCUAAUGACGGGUGCUGCCACUCUGGCUGUCAAUGAAGCAGGAGCUUUCGGAAGACUUCCACAGUAGUGCAUUAGAAGACAGACACAAAACAAAAUGGUUCUCAUAAUUGAGGAUAAGCCUGCCUUCGACAAUGCUCUGAAAAAUGCCGGGAACAAGUUAGUGGUGGUGGACUUCACAGCCACUUGGUGUGGGCCCUGCCAGAACAUCGCUCCAUUCUUUAAAGCGCUGUCUGAAAAAAAAGACAAUGAAAAUGUGGUGUUUCUAAAGGUUGAUGUGGAUGAUGCACAGGAUGUGGCCACUUUCUGUGAUAUCAAAUGUAUGCCAACAUUUCAUUUCUACAAGAAUGGAAAGAAGAUUGAUGAAUUUUCUGGAUCAAACCAGUCUAAGCUGGAAGAGAAGAUCAAUAUGCAUAAAUGAAGAAAAACAAGCAAGCAUACAGAAAAACAUACAAACCAAAUGUCUGUAUCUAAAUACACAGAAUAGGUUUACUGAUCUCGAUUUCAGAAGUUGAAAUCAAGUACAGAAGCACCAUUCUCAUCCUCAAUUCUAUGACAGCUACAUUUAUAUUGGAUUUUAUUUUAUUUUAUAUACAGAAACUGUGGUAAUACUUUCCUCAAAGACUUCUUUUUGUUAAUUAUUUUGGCCUUCUACAAUGGCUGUCUCUAAUGUAUGUUAUGUUGGCUUUGUAUGAAAUUAAAACAAGAAAAGAAACGUUGA